CAUAUAUAAUGUUACACUUAAGUUUUGCUAUUGUACUUGCUGCCUGUUUUAUAAAAGCUCAUAUGCACCUUAUAGAUUCAAGAUGCUAUUUAGCAGAAGGAGGAUCCGCAGAAAACUUUUUGGCUAGUGAAAACGCUACAGUUGGAUCCGUUCUUGGGACAUUGAGCGUCAAUGGUGACCCGGCAGCUGAUAUUACAUUAUCCUUGCGUGAAAAAGAUUCACCAGUUACGAUAUCAAACAAUUCAAAGAAUAUUAUAUUAAACCAGCGUUUGGAUAAGGAAGGGUUAGAAGGUCCAUCAUCAGUGUACGUGAACGUUAUAUGUCACAGAAAAAAUAGCAAUGACCCGAGUUUCCUCAUACCCGUAAAUAUUCAUGUUACCGAUGAAAAUGAUAACUCACCAAAAUGGAUCGGUGCUCCAUAUUCAAUUAAUAUAUCAGAAACUACAGCAAUUGGAACAAGAAUAUUACAGACUAUUCAUGCUGUGGAUCAGGAUCAACCCGGUCCAUAUUCGACGAUAAUAUAUAGAGUGUUGCCGGGACCAUUUUCAAACUUCAUUGCUUUUGCGUCACCUUUUAAAGGAUCAUUGAUUUUGAAACGUGAGCUUGACUACGAAAUGGACAAGAUUUUGUCUGUACAAUUACGCGCCCAAGACCAAGGAAUUCCUCCAAAAUCAUCAGACACAACAGUAACGAUUUUAGUUUUAGAUGCUGACGACCAAAACCCUCAGUUUAGCAAAGAUGUUUAUUAUGGAACUAUUCAUAGUAGCGUGAUUGGUUCUACGGUUCUUUUGCACCCUGAAUCCAUAAAGGCAGUUGACAAAGAUUAUGGAAUAAAUGCAUCCUUGCAAUUUUCGCUUAUUCCUUCCCUCAUGUCAGAGUAUUUCAUUAUAGAUACUAAAAGUGGAGUUUUGAAAAUCGCUAAACAAUUAGAUAGACCGAUUUCCACGAAGUUGGUAGUGAAAGCAGCACAAUUGGAUAAUACUGAACGAUAUGCUCUGAGUACUGUUAUUAUUUCUCAACCCACAAUUGAAAAUCAUUUGAACAAUGACGUUCGUUUGAAGCCUCGUUAUAAGAUCAAAAUUAGAGAAAACUAUAAUCCUGGCAAUACCAUAUUGAACUUAUCUACAAAUAAUACAUUGCAUGACUUGAGUUACAAAAUUCUUAAUGCCAGCGAAUUUACUUAUUUUUCUAUAGAUUUCAACGGAAAUAUCUAUUUAAAAAAUCGUCUAGAUUACGAAACACGUCCCUUUCAUAUUUUCACUGUAGAACUUAAUGAUGGUAAAAACAAACAGUACACGGAAGUUAUGGUUGAAGUAGUAGAUGUGAAUGAUUGGGAACCUAGAUUCAGGAGGCCUCAAUAUACAUUCAAAGUCUCAAAUAGUGCGAAGUCUUUCCCAUUAGUUAUAGGUAGGGUAGAAGCAGCUGAUGGAGAUGUUAAUGAUAAGAUUGCAUACUUUAUUCGCGGUGAGAAUUCAAGGUUUUUCCAUAUAGAUUCUAAGGGUCAAAUAUGGCAAAAAGAAAACUUUACAACUGGAAAAGUAUUGCAUUUGCAAGCAGUUGCCAUUGAUUCCGGAAUACCACCUAAAGAAACAGCUAUACCAUUGUUGAUUGAUUAUCAACGCACUGAAGAAAAAGCUAUAUUUUGGACACCUAGUAUUAUAAGUGGAUUAGUAAUUAUUUGUACUCUUGUUAUACUAUCUGUGUAUACUACUUGUAUUUACUUUAAAAAUUUAUCUUUCAAAACUAUCAAUAAUGAUCAGCUGACAGUGGACAAUCGCAAUAACUGUGCGAAUAAGAAAACCCUGGAUAUCACAACAAGUUCGCGCGGGUCUAGCAGCUCUAUUAGUGCCAGUGCAUCGACGAUACUUGCUGGAAGCUUAGAGCGAGAACAUGAGUUAUAUGCAGCAACAAUUAAAAAUGCUGUUGCGAAUUCUCAGCAUUUCAAUGCAUUACAAAAAUCUUGCAGUGAAAUUGAAAAAGACUUGUUGAUUAACUCUGAACAUACAUUUCAAAACUCAGUCGAAAACCACUCGUCAAUGGGCAAUAAAUCCUGUUCAUACUGGCAGCAGAAACGAAGCAUUCCCAAUGAAAAGUUGCAGAUUGGACCUCGAGCUUUGUGUAAUAUUCUUUACCGGUUUGAGAAAGUGAAAAAAAGUAAAAAUGAAGUCGCAAUCGAUGUCCACAGAAGACGCCGAAAACGUAGCGGUACGGACGACUAGCGUGCACCUGGUAAAUCUUAAUUAAAAUGUUUAGCUUAGAUGCUACAUUAUUACCUCUAAUAUGAUUCACAGAUCUCGAACAUCUCCUCGUCAUCGUUGUAGGCUCCCCUCACGAAGUCUCAUAGAGUCGUUCACGUCGCGAUUAUUUGUUCAUGAAGAAUUUUCCAGAUGGAAACAGACGUUUCAUGGACUCAUUCGAGUAGAAGGAAAAUUUACAAAACUUUCGCACACUGUCAUAGGGGUUUUUUGAAUCAUUGCCAGCCAAGGAACAUCAUUGAAAAUGAUGAAAAAUGGAAAAUCAACUAGUUGCAGGUCACUGAUUCUAUGAAGAAUAUAGCUGUUAAUUCUGACUAUUCAGAAAAUUUUAAACGUGACACCAUAUAUGUUGGUUGUAACUAUGGUACCUUCCUUCUCCGAGGCUGCUACCUUAACUCCACCGACAGAGCGCCCCCCUGUGUCCAGCAGACGAGUUUCAAGUGCUAGAUUUUGCGAUUCAGGAUUCCCACGAGAAUGAUUCGAACGAUAGCUGUAUAUUGCCAGCAAAUUCAGAAGGCCUUUCGGUAAACGACGACCUAACGAGAGACGACCUUAUGUUUUCAAACACACAUUUUUUCCCUAUGCUCUAUAGUCACUUCGAUGGAAAUCUGGAUCCCGAAGAAAAUGAUGCGCAUAGUAAAUAAUUUUGAUAAUAGGAAAAUAAAUUAUAAUAAUCAUUGUAACAAUACAAAUAAAUCAUUCAAUUAAUUAGUGUUAUAUAUUUACGUAUUUUCAAUGUUCUUGUAUGACCUACAACAUGACAUUUUUCUUUUAAAUCGAGUUUGACAUUGUCAUUUCCCUUUGAUCCCUCACUUCGUCUUAAGCGACCGUUUCACAAACCACUACACCCCAGCUGCCUCACUGAAAAAUCAUGUGAUUAAUUGAUUACUAUUAAUUUUGAUUUAGAAAAGAGAAUUAAAUAAAAAAAAUUUUGGUUUAAAAAACCAAACUUUCAUAAGAAUUGAUAGAAAAUAUUUUCAUGGAAAUGAAUCUCGAAUUCGGAUAUCAAACGUUAAUCAUAAUAAUAUACUGUUUCAUAUAAAGCCUUUGAAGCCAUUUAAAUCAAAGGUCCAAUGUGUCAUUGAUAGUGACUAAGAGACCAAUCAGAUAGGUCCUAUGUGAUAACGAAAACAACAUAGGUCCUAUGUAACAAAACCAUCAAUAAAAACUGGAAAAAAGAAUUGAAACGAUUGAGAAAGCACUAGAAGUUCAGAUGACGUUCUUUUUUUACAUUUGAGAUAAUAAAAGGGAUGGAAUCUUAUUUCGGUUUUAAUUGGAAAUUGAAAAGGAUUCACAAAACUUCAAGUUCAUUUUUCUCUGACAAGCAUCGAUGUCAGAUAGGACCUUUUGAAAUGUUUCUCUAGAAAUGUGUUCGGGUUUUUUCGUAAUGUUUUAUCCAAUACCCGUGUAUAUAUCUCAUUUUUCCUACAACAUGUAAUCUAUGAAUCUACUAGGAAAGCUAUUUUACUCUUAAGAUUGUCAUGAAGUGAGUUGGUGGUCCCCGUGGUUCUGUGGUUAGCGAAGUCGGUCGGCUAGCUCUCCCACACGGUUGUGAUAUCGGGUUCGAUUCCCGAUCAGGUCGAGGAUCUUUUCGAGCUGGAAAUUUCCUCGACUCAACACUAGGGCACGGUGUAUCGUUGUACUUAUCCUACAACAUGCAAAAUGUGCCGAAAACAAUAUCGAUAACGAAUUCUCUCAACUAAUCUAGUUGAUCGAAACCGCAUUAGCCCCAGGCUAGCGUGCGAUAUUGUUUGUUGUGAUGAAGUUAUUUAUUUUGAACGUUAUCAGUGUAUUUAACAUUAACAAUUAGUAUAAUUAAAAUAAAAUACAUAAAAAAUUUAAAUCAAUUUUAUUCAAUUUUCCCCCAAUGGAUUUUUUUAAAACCGGUCGAUUUUGAAAGGUAAGGACCCAAACUAACUUUUGGUGAAAGAAAAUCCGAGGUACAUUAAAUAAUGAUAAUCCGGCAUUUCGGACACACAGUGCACCGUUGAUGGUACAAUCUGUCCGGUUGCGUUUAAAGAUUCAUCGCAGCCGCUGAAUAAUGAAAACUCCUGCAAAUUUAAUUAAAUAAUUAGUCAUUAUACCAACACGAAAAUUAUCGAACCGAACCGAAAUUAUCGAAAUGUCUCUAAAUUCUUAAAGCUAUGAAUAAAUUACUUUGAUCGUUUCAAGUCCUAGUACGUAUAACUUUCUAUUUUCGUGAACAAAAUCCAAAUUUAAGGUCAACGAAGAAAAUGAAAUUCUGCUCGAGUUCGUCACGUUUGGUACGUGAAAGUAGUAGGAACCAACAGUGGGUUAGUUUUCUAAUUAUUUUCAAACCUCGAACCUUUGUCCUUGUGACCCUUGAGAAAUUAACACAACAAUUUGAACAUUAUCUAUGAACAUUUUUCAAAAAUUAGAGAAAAGAUAAAAAGGCCGUUACGAAAUAAAGUUUUUUGGAUGGCACUAUGCGAUACACGUUCGCGACCUUUAGGGUCAUUCUGUAGGUACCUUUUAGUUACCUAGGUAGCUGUUAAUAGCUAACGCUUUUAACUACGUUGGCCCGUCUCAUACCAAUGAAAUGUACGGUAUAUACAAAAUUUGUAGAAUUUAUUUGGGCGUUUGUAUACGAAGGGGGAAUGGGGGAUGAAAUCGUCAAAAACCUACGUGAAAUGUGAAUAGCCCCCAAUAUUUGUAUGGUACUGUUCAUUUAUUAUUCGUCGUGCAUUCGAACUUACUUUAUUUUGACAUGUUCCAGUGAAGGAGUAUUUUUAAGUGCACUCUUAUUCUUAUCCAGCUUUUUACGCACCAUAAUGGCGAGUGCUUCAAUGCGUAAUUUACGAACCUGCCUGCUUACGUCAGUUGAAGAGUCAAACUGACGUAAGCAGAGUUGUCAAAAGGGUAGGUAACAUGUAACAAAUUUUUCAUCAUUGCAAACGAUGGCCAUCAUGGCGCGUAAAAAGCUGAAUAGGCAACAUUACAUUUUU